AUGGGUCUAAUUGUUCACCACCUCGGGCACUCGCAAUCCGAUCGAGUCGUCUGGCUCUGCGAGGAACUCGGCAUCAAAUAUGAGCUGAAUAAAUACGAUCGCAGCCCUGUGCUUUCACCGCAAGAGUAUAAGGACUUGCACCCAAUUGGCGCAGCUCCAGUCAUCGAGGACGAUGGUGGUGUCAAGAAAGCAGAGACCGAGGCUUGCGUGGAAUGGAUCUGCAACAAACAUGCAAAUGGCAAACUCCUGGUCAAGCCAUCCGAGACGAACUACGCCGACUAUCUCUACUGGUACCACGUUACGAACGGAACUCUCCAGCCUGCCGUCGGUCGCGUCAUGGCAUUAAAGAUGAGUGGAAUCAAAGAGGAAGACGCCACGCUGCAACGCUACACGGCCAAGAUCCACCAAGUCCUGAAAUACGUCGAGGAGCGCUUAAGCCAGACUCCAUGGUUAGCAGGCGACGAGUUCUCCGCCGCUGAUAUCAUGAUCAUCUUCACUCUGACUACUAUGAGGGAAUUCUGCCCUGUCGACCUCAGCGCUUACAACAACAUCUUGGCGUAUGUCCAGAAGAUCAUCGCGCGCCCGGCCUACAAGAGCUACUUGCAGAAGGGCGAUCCAGAUAACGACAUUCAGAAGUAUGCGCAAGGUCCACCGCCGCCAAUGUUUGCGGCCUUUGCGAACCACAAGUAG